AUCUUCAGUGUGGGCACCAAGCUGUGCAGCUUGCAGCUUCACAGCCAGGUACCCACUGAGCAUGCUCGAGUAGCUCUGCGCUUCCUGAAUGGUCCUGUAGUCUUCUUGGACCUGUCGUGUGUCCCAAAAGACUACAGGGAGGGAGAACACCUUCUGGGAUCGGACCGGAAGUGGGAGUGGGUACCUAGGAAGUGGGAGCGGGUACCUGUCAAUUUCGGGUUCCCACUCCCGAAAGGUGCCAAUCCUUAAUGGGGAGCGGGGGACCAGUCUAAAAAGUGGAACUUCUCCUUCUGGGUGGAGCUCCAC